AUGGAUUUCUAUCAAAUAACCACAUUUUACGCGGUCCUCACAUGUGUAUGGGAUUUACCAUGUUUUCAAUCAUUUACUAUUUUCCUUCCGUCUGCCUCAAAGAGCAGCAAGGUCCCGAAAGUAUUUGAUGGACGAGAGGCAAAAUAUUUCAAAGAUAUCUACUCAUCAUCAUCAUCAUCAUCAUCAAAUGAGCGGUAUUACAAGGGUGGGUUCAAAGAUUCAGUUGAACCACACGACUACAUGCUUUCAAUUUACAAGACUUUCUCUACAGCCGAAAAAUUGGGGCUGAACGCAAGUUUCUUUCGGUCGUCAAAAGCAGCUAACACUAUAGCAAGUUUUGUGGACAUCGGACAAGAUGACCUCCCACUCUCCCCUUUGCGAAGACAGCAGUAUCUGUUUGACGUCUCAACCCUCUCAGACAGAGCCGAGGUGCUGGGGGCUGAGUUGAGGAUAUACACCAAAGUGUCUGGGAAUUUCAGGAUGUCGGAAAUGGAGCCAGUGGACAUUCAGCUACUCUCCUGCCGCUCUCAGCAGCUGCUGGAUUCCAGAACGCUGGAUCUUCAGGAGUCCCAUCGGCCCAGAUGGGAGGUGCUGGAUGUGUGGGAAAUAUUUAAGGACAGGGAUCACCUCACACAGGGGAGCCAGUUCUGUCUGGAGGUCAAGGCCAUGCUGGACAACACUGAGAGGGAGCUUGACUUGCAUCAUCUGGGCUUUCACAGAAAUGGUCGCUCACAACAAAAGAAGGCCAUUUUAGUGGUGUUCACCAGGUCCAAGAAGAGACAGACCCUUUUCAGUGAAAGGAGAGAAGGAAGGACAUUGAUUGGCCAUGGGGAAAAGGGGAAAGAGAGGGGCCCUCGUUCUAAUUCCAAAGCCAGCCGGAGACGCAGGACGGCGAUAUUGAAGAAUCGCCAUGGGAAGAGGCAUGGCAAAAAGUCAAAAUCGAGAUGCAGCAAGAAGCCGUUGCAUGUGAACUUCAGAGAGCUGGGCUGGGAUGAUUGGAUCAUCGCUCCUCUGGAUUACGAGGCGUACCACUGUGAGGGCGUGUGUGACUUUCCUCUGAGGUCACAUCUAGAGCCCACAAACCAUGCCAUCAUACAGACCCUUAUGAAUUCUAUGAACCCCAGCAACAUGCCUCCUAGCUGCUGUGCCCCGUCCAAACUCAGCCCUAUCAGUAUUCUCUACAUCGACUCAGGAAAUAAUGUGGUGUAUAAGCAGUAUGAGGAUAUGGUGGUUGAGUCGUGUGGUUGUAGGUAAUGCCUUUUUGGAAAGGCUGUGUUUUGAGU